CUUCGACCAUGGCCAGAGUCGCGCUGGUGGUUGGAGCAGCCAGCAAUCUUGGCUACCAAGUCCUUAAAAAACUCACCGAAACAUACCAAGGAAAAAUCUACUUCACAACGGAAGACGAAGAAAUUGGUUGCAGUAUACUCAAAGCAUUUCAAAGAGACGGCCUUGACAUUAAUUACAUUCCUAUGGACAUAACUUAUACAUACAGCAUAAUUAAGUUAAGACAUCACAUUCAAGACCAAGAUGAAAGAAUAGAUCUGCUGAUAAACCACUCAGAUUACGUACAGACGAAGAAGAACCUAUCUCACGCGGAAAAAGUCAGACAGACUAUGAGCGUAAAUUUUUAUGGUUACAUAAAUUUCGGGAAACUAGUGUAUCCACUGCUGAAUGAUAAAGCAAGAGUUGUCAACGUGUCUGGACCGGCUGGUCUUUUGGCUACUAUAGAAAAUGAUGAGAUCAGAAACAAGAUAAGUGAUACUACUCUUAACGAGGACGAGUUAGUUGCAUUGUUUCAAGAAUAUGAAGAAGCUGUUAGGAAAGGUGUUGAAAGGACCAUGGGGUGGGGCAAAAAUGCGCACGCCGUUAGCAAAGUCGCUUUGAACGCUGUCACAUUCCUCCAACACAGAGAAUGGGCUAAUAAAGACGUUGUUAUAAAUUGUGUGAACCCUGGCAGUUUAUCUAGUCGUGAGAACAGAAAGACGUCUAAGGUUUUCGAGGAGGGCGCCAAGGCAAUUUUGUAUUUAGCAUUGGAAGCGCCCCUGUCAGUAAAGGGCAAUUUCGUUUGGAGUAAUUACUCGGUCAUUGAGUGGAACUGUGACCCAUUUGUAGAGGUGACGACUGUAUAAUACAAGACUUAGUGAGACAUUAUUUAGCGAGAUGUGUUUAUCAUGGGCGACUGCGUCCGAAUGUAAAGAGUUUAAUGACGUUAUUAAAAUAAACGGUGUUACUCGGAGCAAUUUUUAAUUUGAAUUAGUGAGUGAAACAAAUGUUUGUUAUUUUGAAUUAUUAUUAAGAACGAUUGAAUAAUUUUCUAGUCUAGACGUGUUUAGUGAAACAACUGUUUUAUCGUGAGAAUUAUAUUAAGUUUUGAAGUA